GGACAGUUUUCGGCGUGAACCGGAUGUGGAAACUGCAGCCGCGCAGGGAGCUGAGCAACUUCUGUCAAAGAGACCAUGAUUUAAGAGAAGUUUGUCAAGUUUAUCAGAGGAAAAGAGGAAAAUGACAUCGAAACGUAAAAGCGAUGCUGCGGUUCCUGCCGAGGAGAGCGACCAGCUGCUCAUCCGGCCGCUAGGAGCCGGGCAGGAGGUCGGCCGCUCCUGCAUCAUCCUGGAGUUCAAGGGCAGGAAGAUCAUGCUGGACUGUGGGAUCCACCCCGGCCUGGAGGGGAUGGACGCUCUGCCCUACAUCGACCUGAUCGACCCGGCCGAGAUCGACCUGCUGCUCAUCAGCCAUUUCCACCUGGAUCACUGCGGCGCCCUGCCCUGGUUCCUGCAGAAGACCAGCUUCAAGGGCCGCACCUUCAUGACUCACGCCACCAAGGCCAUCUACCGCUGGCUGCUGUCCGACUACGUCAAGGUCAGCAACAUCUCUGCAGACGACAUGCUGUACACGGAGACGGACCUGGAGGAGAGCAUGGAGAAGAUCGAGACCAUCAACUUCCACGAGGUGAAGGAGGUGGCCGGCAUCAAGUUCUGGUGUUACCACGCCGGCCACGUGCUGGGAGCCGCCAUGUUCAUGAUCGAGAUCGCCGGCGUCAAGCUGCUGUACACUGGAGACUUCUCCCGGCAGGAGGACAGACACCUGAUGGCUGCAGAGAUCCCCAGCGUCAAGCCCGACAUCCUCAUCACCGAGUCCACCUAUGGGACUCACAUCCACGAGAAGCGCGAGGAGCGCGAGGCUCGUUUCUGCAACACCGUUCACGACAUCGUGAACCGAGAAGGGCGCUGUCUGAUCCCCGUCUUCGCUCUGGGACGAGCCCAGGAGCUGCUGCUCAUCCUGGACGAGUACUGGCAGAACCACCCGGAGCUGCACGACAUCCCCAUCUACUACGCCUCGUCUCUGGCCAGGAAGUGCAUGGCGGUCUACCAGACGUACGUCAACGCCAUGAACGACAAGAUCCGCAAGGCCAUCAACAUCAACAACCCGUUCGUCUUCAAGCACAUCAGCAACCUCAAGAGCAUGGACCAUUUCGACGACAUCGGGCCCAGCGUGGUGAUGGCGUCCCCUGGCAUGAUGCAGAGCGGCCUGUCCCGGGAGCUGUUCGAGAGCUGGUGCACCGACAAGAGGAACGGCGUCAUCAUCGCCGGAUACUGUGUGGAGGGAACGCUGGCCAAGCACAUCAUGUCGGAGCCAGAUGAGAUCACCACCAUGUCGGGUCAGAAGCUGCAGCUGAAGAUGUCGGUGGACUACAUCUCCUUCUCUGCUCACACAGACUACCAGCAGACCAGCGAGUUCAUCCGAGCGCUGAAGCCCCCGCACGUGAUCCUGGUGCACGGCGAGCAGAACGAGAUGGCCCGUCUGAAGGCGGCUCUGAUCCGAGAGUACGAGGACAACGACGAGGUCCACAUCGAAGUCCACAACCCGCGCAACACUGAGGCCGUCACACUCAACUUCAGAGGAGAGAAGCUGGCCAAGGUGAUGGGCUCGCUGGCGGACAGGAAGUGUGUGCAGGGCCAGAGGGUUUCUGGGAUCCUGGUCAAACGCAACUUCAGCUACCACAUCCUGACGCCCUCCGACCUCUCCAACUACACAGACCUGUGCAUGGGGACGGUGACGCAGACGCAGGCCAUCCCGUUCAGCGGCUCCAUCUCCCUGCUGGUCAGUCAGCUGAGGAACCUGGCCGGUGAGGUGGAGCAGGUGGACGGCGUGGAGAAAAUCACCAUCAAGAUCUUCAAGAGCAUCACUCUGGUUCACGACGCCGGCAUGGUGCUGCUGGAGUGGACCUCCAACCCGCUCAACGACAUGUACGCCGACGCCGUCGCCACCGUGGUGCUGGAGGUCCAGUCCAACCCCAACGCUCAGAGAUUUAUUGAAGUGAAGAAGGACGGCGUGGACAUGGACGUGUUCGUGGAGCGUCUGGAGCUCAUGCUGCACGACAUGUUUGGAGAAGACUGCGUCGACUUCAAAGACAGUAAGAACCUGAGCGUGACGGUGGACGGCGUCACCGCCUACAUCAACCCCAUAACCAGAACGGUGGAGUACGAGGAGGGCAGCGCAGACGACGAGUCGCUGAAGGAAAUGGUGGAAGUCGCCGUCCAGCGGCUCUAUGAGGCCCUCAACCCCGUCUUCUGACCGGCCACGCCCACUCUGUGAUGUCAUCAGCGGGAGACGGCAGUCAUUACCGACCUGCAGGCUGAUCUGCUGGACGGACCGAUGUGGACCGUUUGAGCUUUUGAGGAGACGCUUAAUGAAACUUUAUGAUGUUUUUCUGUUUCAUUCCUUGUUUGCCUUUUUUUCCUUUGUUUUUUUAAUUUAAACAAAGACGGUCUCUUUGUUUGAGUCGCGGUUCCAAAGGAAUCACAUCAGCAAACUUCAUUUCAGCUCUCGGCCGACAGCUUUUCUACUUCCAGAACAAAGAGGGAGAUUUUUCUCUGCUUUCAGUUGUUUUGUUCCUGCGUGUGCAGAAAUACUUUCUCCUUGUUUUAUGUAUAAAAACAAUGUCAAAAUCAAUUUCUUAUGUUGAAAAUAAACGUCUGCGUUGGGCUAACAGCUGCA